AUGACCCGAGGUAAACGAACUGCUGAUGACACUCAGUCAGUCCAGAUGGGUCACACGCACGAGCUGAAGCGACAAUUCUCGUUAUUAUCCAUGCUAGGCCUUGCAUUUUCCAUCUUGAAUUCUUGGACAGCUUUAUCGGCUAGUUUGUCACUUAGCUUGCCUUCCGGGGGAAGUGCAAGCGUCAUAUGGGGACUCGUUACCGCCGGAACCUGCAGCCUAUGUAUGGCUUCCUCUCUGGCAGAAUUUUUAUCUGCGUACCCAUCCGCAGGAGGUCAAUACCACUGGGUUGCCGCUAUAUCUUGGAAAAGUUGGAUGCCAAUCAUUUCCUGGAUAACAGGUUGGGUUAAUUGCUCUGGUUGGGUUGCACUCGCAGCCACGGGAGGGCUAUUGGGCAGUCAGCUGAUUCUGGGCAUCAUGUCUCUAAUGAACCCGGCUUUUCAACCCCAACACUGGCAUCAAUUCCUAAUCUAUUCCGGGUACACCCUUGUUGCAUUCAUCUUGAACGCUUUCGCAAACAGCAUUUUGCCUUCCAUCAACAAGGUUGCUUCGGCUUUGCCAUCAUUUGCAUUACUGUCCUUGCUUGUGCCGCACCAGAUUAUAACUCCGGGUAAUUUUGUGAAUCAAACAAUGUGGCCUGAUGGGGUUGCAUGGUUGCUUGGGCUUUUGCAAGGAGGUCUAGGUGUUACCGGCUUUGAUGGAGUUGCUCACAUGAUUGAGGAAAUUCCAAAUGCCUCAGACGUUGGACCUAAAGUUAUGAUUGCUUGUGUUGGAAUGGGGAUCAUAACUGGCUCUAUCUUCCUCGUCGUUCUGCUCUUAGUGGCUGGCAAUAUCUCGGACGUUAUCGAAUCUGCUGCAGGUCCACUUCUUGCAAUAUUGAGCAAUGCAGCUGGGAAUAAAGUCGCUGCCAUCUGUCUUUUGAUGUUCCCUAUCGUUUGUGUCAUGUUUGCCGCAACAGCCAUCAUGACUACCAGUAGCCGCAUGGUAUAUGCUUUUGCCCGGGAUGGAGGUCUCCCUGCUUCUUUGUUCUUAUCUACGAUCCACCCGAAACUCAAAGUUCCUUUGAAUGCACUUUACCUCAACCUUGCUCUCGUCACCAUAUUUGGCCUUAUUCUUUUGGGUUCCACAAGCGCCCUCAAUGCCAUUGUAUCAGCCUCGGUUGUGCUGCUGAAUAUUUCGUACGGAAUUCCAAUCGCAGUGAACUGUGUCCGGGGGCGCAACAUGCUCCCUGACCGAAGAUUUGUUAUUCCAAACAUCCUUGGCUGGGUGUUGAACAUCAUUUCACUGCUUUACGUCAGCCUGACGACUGUUCUCUUCCUUUUCCCUCCAAAAUUGCCUGCCACUGGUAGCAACAUGAGUGGGUUUUCCACUCACACUGUUCUUGCAUGGACUGUUGGACUCCAAUUACUGCGUCGUCGUGUUUGGCGUCGUUUUAAUAAUCUCAGCGACUCAGUGGGUUGUGAACGGACGCAAAAAUUAUUCUGGUCCCCGAGUUGA